UCGAUAUUUUCACACGCAGGAGACGCGGAGGAAAGCAAGAGAGAGAAACAGAGAGAAAGGAAGGAAGGAAGGAGGAGAGAGAUACAGAGAGGAAGGACAAGAGAGAUAGAAAGAUGACUGAGAUCUCACAUCGGAGAUCGCUGCGGUUCUUAUUGUUAUUGUCCUUAAUUUCUGUACAAUUUCUCUCAGGCUUUUCAGAUGAUUCAAAGUCCAAAAACGAGACUAAAACUGAUGAUCAUUCAAGUGGCAUGAAAGGAUCUACAAUACUGAUGCUAUGCAUAGCAAUUGCAGCAGUUAAGAUGAUGAGCUUGAGGUUGAACUUGGUCUUCGGGACUGAUCUGCUCCAUCCAAUCGAGGUGUAAAAGGAGAUUCUUUCGGGUAGCCAAAAGUAGAAAAUGAGUAGAAGAUGUGAAUGUGAAUGUGAAUGUAGUUAAAAUUUGUAUUGAUAUGACCAAGACACAAAACUUCUCUUCUUACUUUCUUCCUCUUCUUUUACAUAUUCUUUCUCUAUCUUGUUUGUUUUAUAGAAAAAGAUUGUUAUUUGUGUGAAGUACUGCAAUAUUGCAAUAUUUUGAAGUAGUUAAAGUUUGUAAAUUUGAUUCAUGAGAUUGAAAUGUACUAUUGAAACAAAUGGGUGAUUAUGUAU